AAUUUAAAAAUAGGAACUUAGUGUGGUGAAUGUUGGACUGCUGUAAAAACAUAACUAACCGUAAUCGGUAGCAUUUUCGUAAUUUUUAGUUAUAGUGCACCUGUUGCCACGGAAAGAUGUCGCUAGGAAGAAUAAAUAUUCGAGGAAUAUGUUCAAAAACCGCCAAAAGGUUUUUCUCCGACAAGUCCUCAGCCAAAGUACUAUUCAACUGGGAAGAUCCUCUCAAUCUUGAAUCCCAGCUAACACAAGAUGAAAGAAUCGUGAGGGACUCAUUUAGGGCGUACUGUCAAGAAAAACUACAACCUAGAAUUUUAGAAGCAAACAGAAACGAAAAUUUUGAUCGUGCAAUUAUGACAGAGUUCGGUGCAUUGGGCGUCCUUGGAUGCACAAUCAAAGAAUAUGGUUGCGCGGGCAUUUCGAAUGUAGGAUAUGGUUUGCUUACCCGAGAAGUGGAAAAAAUUGACAGCGCGUACAGAUCCGCAAUCAGCGUUCAAUCAUCUUUGGUCAUGGGUGCCAUAUAUCAAUUCGGAACGCCAGAGCAGAAGGAGGCUUACUUACCGAAAUUAGCGAAAGGAGAGAUUAUGGGCUGCUUCGGGCUCACCGAGCCUAACCAUGGCAGCGACGCCGGUGCCUUGGAAACCCGUGCGAAAUUCAACCCCUCGUCAAAAACCUACACCUUGAACGGUAGCAAAACAUGGAUAACGAAUUCCCCUCUUGCCGACGUUUUGGUGGUUUGGGCCAAGUGCGACGACGGGAAAAUCCGCGGCUUUUUGAUCGACCGCAAGGAGAACGGCAAAGGGCUGGAAACGCCGAAAAUUCAAGGGAAGUUUUCUUUGAGGGCCUCCACCACAGGGAUGAUUUUGAUGGACAAUGUUGAAAUUCCCGAGAGUAACCUUUUACCGCAAGUCGAAGGGUUGAAAGGGCCGUUCAGUUGUUUGAAUAAUGCUCGGUAUGGGAUCGCAUGGGGUGCGUUAGGAGCGGCGGAAACUUGCCUCAACAUCGCCAGAAACUACACUCUGGAACGAAAACAAUUUGGGAAACCUCUGGCUGCUAACCAGCUAAUACAGAAGAAGUUUGCGGAUAUGGUUACCGACAUCGCGCUGGGGUUGCACGGUUGUCUCCAAGUGGGGCGGCUUAUGGAUAAAAAACAGCACACCCCCGAAAUGAUCUCAUUGUUGAAGAGGAACAACGCAGGGAAAGCUCUAGAAAUCGCCAGGGUUGCACGAGAUAUGUUAGGUGGAAAUGGAAUACACGAUGAAUAUCAUGUCAUCAGACAUGUCAUGAAUUUGGAGUCCGUUAACACCUACGAAGGAACCCACGACAUCCACGCUUUGAUUUUGGGUCGCACGGUGACAGGCAUCGCCGCCUUCUAAUUUUCUGUACAAAUAUCUUUCUGAAUAAACAUUUCAAUCGAUAA